AUGAGGGUCAUCGUACUCACGCUUUGCCUUAUUGGGGCUGUAUUUUCCAAACCUAUUUCAAUUAAUGGAGUCGCAGAAUCCAGUGAAUCAAGUGAAUCAGCCCAGAAUGGAGGUUCUUAUGUUGCACAACUCUAUCAACAUUCUGCAUACCACCAACAGUCUCAGAAUGCAGGUUCGCAUGAUACACAGUCCUAUCAACAUCACCCCUACCAUGAUCAGCAGAGCUCUGAAGAAAAUCAACAUCAAGUAAGAUCUCAAUCUGGAGGUUCAAAUGAUCCACAAUCCCAUCAACAUUCCCCCUACCAGCACCUCCCACAGCCGCAAACUGAAGGCUCAUAUGAUCAACAGUCUUAUCAGCAGUACUUAUACCAAUACUACCAGCAGGCUUACAAUGGAGAUUCCUAUGAUCCACAAUCCUAUCAACAUCACAUCCAACAGUACCAAAAGGGUUGGGAUCCAGCUUCUGCGAGUGCUGACAACCAGGUCGCAAGUCAGUCAGAGCCGCACACAGCCGAUGUCAGUGAAACCACAAGUGAAGAAGGGGACAACGGAAACACAACUGACACUGCUGUCAAAGACGUGAGCACCAGCAGUGAGAGCAAUGAGUUAAGUGACAUAAGCCAUGCCAUCAAGGGCCAAGGGGAGAAUCAUGCAACUGACAAAAGUGACAGCAUCAGCGACGAAACCAAUCAAAACGUUGACAGCUCAAGUAGUGAAAGCACUGAGAGCAGUGACAUCACUGAGGCCAACAAAAAUGACAGCAACGAGUCAAACGAGACCUCUGGAAGUGGCACUAAUGAGCCAAAUCAAACCGAUAAUCAAAGUUAUACUAUCAAGAGCCAAAUGGUAAAAGAAGUUAUUUACAAAAGUGAGAACAACGGAGAACCUGAUCAGACCAUCAAUGGAAAUGACGGAACCAGCAGUCAGAGCACAGAGUCUAGUAAGGCCAGUGACAGCACAAGUAGUGAAACAAGUGACACUCAUGACAGUCAAAGUGAGGAAAGCAAUGAGGCUGACAACAACAGCGAGAGUGACAGCAAUGAGAGCGCCGAGUCUGUACAGCCCAGCAGCACCCCCAGUAUUGAAACCCAUCAGACUGCUAGGGUCAGUGAAGUUAGAUAUGAUAUCAAGAGCUCAAUAAUAGGCGAUGUAAUUGAGAGCACUGAGAGCUCCAGUGAAGAAACCAUUCAGACCAGCCUGAACAUUGACAUUACUAGCGACAACACCAAAACAAGCAUGGCAAGUGACAUCAGUGAUAUUGGUAAGGCCAGUGAUAGCAGCGAGUCCAAUGAAAGCACCAAUAGUGACAGCAAUGGCUCAAGUCAAACCGAUGAUAAAAGUUCUACCAUCACGAGCCCACUGGUGAAUUACGUCAUUUACAAAAGUGGGAGCAUCAAUGGGCAACCUGGUCAGACCAACGAGGGUAUCGACGGAACCAGCAGUGAAAGCAGUGAGACCAGUAUGGCUAGCAACAGCACAAGUAGUGAAAGCAGUGAAACAAAAGGAGCUGGUGACAGUUCAAGUCAAGAAAGCAACGAGGCAGACAACAGCAGCGAGAGUGCCAGUAAUGAAAGCACCGAGUCCAGUCAGGACAGUAACAACCCCAAUACUGAAACCCAUUUGACUGAUAAGGUCACUGAAGUAAGUUUUGCCAUCAAGAGUUCGCUGGUAAAUGAUUUGAUUGACAACAGUGAGAGCGCCAGUGAAGAAACAACUCAGACGAGUGACAUCAGCAGCAAUGGAAGUGUGAAUCCUGAGAUCAGCGAAAUAAUCAAGUCCAGCGAAAGCAGCGAAUCCAACGAGAACAUCAGUAGUGACAGCCAUGGAUCAAGUCAAACCGAUGACCAAAGUUAUACCAUCAGAGCACCAUUGGUUAAUAAAGUCAGUAAUGGUGAAACCCAUGAGACAGCUAAGGUCAGUGAAGUAAGCUAUUCAAUUAAGAGCUCACUGGUAAGUGAUGUGAUUGACAGCAGUGAGAGUAGUGAAGAAAUCGCUCAAACCAACAUGACAGGUGGUAUAACCAGUAACGACAGCAGUGAAUCUAGUGACACCAGCAGCCAUGAAAGCAGUGGAUCCAGUGAUAUCAGCAUUCCUAAAAACAGUGGACUCACCAAGGCCAGUGACAUCACCAGGCAUGAAAGCAGUGAAUCAAAUGAGACUACCAGUGGAGCCAGCAAGGACGGUGACUCAACCAGUCUUGAAAGCAGUGAGUCCAGUGAUACCUCAAGUCAUGAAAGCAGCCAAUCCAUCGACAACACCAGUGAGGAAAACAAUGGAACCACUAAAGAUAGUGACUCCCCUAGUGAUGAAAGCAGUGAAUCAAAUGAGACUACUACCGAAUCCACCAAGAACAGUGACUCAUCCAGUCAUGAAAACAGUGAAACCAGCAAGGCCAGCAACAGUCAUGAAAGCAAUGAGAUUCACCAAAGCAAAGGCGUCGCAUGUAAUGAUGCGAAUGAAAGCUGCGAGAGCGAAGAAUAUUUCUUUCAGGACAUAGGCGAUGACGCCCACUACACGGUGGAUCAUCUCAUGGUGCUAGAUGAAGAUGAGAUGGAGUUACGCUUGCGGAGAUGA